AUGGGGAUGGUGAAGAAAUCGUAUAUGGAUCGUUAUUUCAAGAAACUUUCUUCCGUUGAUUCUUCAUCAGUUGAACCUUCACUUCUUCAACCUCAAGAAUUAUCGAAUGAAGAUAAAAGUAAGGUUGAUUUAGAGAAACUUUCUAUCUUUUUUCAAGACUCCACGGAAAUGGACAAGAUGCUUUUGUAUCAGGGGGAUUUACGGUGCAGAUUAGCAUGUGAGGAUUUGAUGAAUCAAGCCCAACACAUUGAGGUCUCUUUGGCAAAACAGUCAACACAGUCUAAGCUUGACUACCGCCUGCGAUUAAAUGCAACGAUUAUUUCUCUUCGUUAUCUUAUAAUGCAAGGAUUGCCUUUCCGCGGUCAUGAUGAGUCAGAAGAAUCAUUAAAUCAAGGUAAUUUUCUUGAGUUCUUGAAAGUUAUUUCUUCUUGCAAUGAAGAGAUAGCUAGUGUUGUGCUAAAAAAUGCUCCAGACAAUCUCAAACUUACAUCACCAGAUAUUCAGAGAGAUAUUAUAAAUGCAUUUGCUGUUGAGACAACGAAAGCUACUGUACAUGAUAUGAGAAGUGAAUUUUUCUCCAUAUUAGUUGAUGAGUGUCGAGAUGUAUCUGUCAAAGAGCAAAUGGGUGUUGUGGUGCGAUAUGUGGACAAGAAUGGAUGUGUUAUAGAACGUUUUCUUGGUGUUGUUCAUGUUAGUGAUACAACUGCAACCUCACUUGAGAAAGCACUUGAUUAUUUGUUAUCUACUUAUGAUUUAAGUAUAUCUAGUUUGAGAGGUCAAGGAUAUGAUGGCGCAAGCAACAUGAGAGGAGAAUUCAAUGGGUUGAAGAGUUUGAUACUCAAGAGAAAUUCCAGUGCUUAUUAUGUACAUUGCUUUGCUCAUCAGCUUCAGCUCACGAUUGUUGCUGUUGCUAAAAAACAUAAAAUUGUCGGAUCUUUUUAUAAUUCUAUCUCUCGUUUGUGUAAUACUGUUGGAGGUUCUUGUAAGCGCAGAGAUAUACUUCGGGAGAAACAGAGAGAGAAUAUUAUUAAAGAGAUUGCAAGUGAUGAAAUAAGCACAGGAAGAGGACUAAAUCAAGAAAUGUCAUUGAAGCGACCUGGAGAUACUCGUUGGAGUUCACAUUACGGUACUCUUGUCAACUUGAUACAUUUAUAUUCUUCUAUUGUUGAUGUUCUUGAGUAUGUUGGGGAGAAUGGUCAUGACUAUUCAAUAAGGGCUGAAGCUGAUGAUGUGCUAGAAAUUAUAAAUAGUUUUGAGUUUGUCUUUGUGUUACAUCUUAUGAAGCAAAUCUUGGGAAUCACACAUGAACUCUCCCAAGUGCUACAAAAGAAAGAUCAAGACAUUGUUAAUGCGAUGAAUCUUGUCAAGGUAGCAAAAUCACGUCUGCAAAUAUUGAGGGAAAAAGAUUGGGAUGUAUUGCUUGCUGAUGUUUCUAAGUUUUGUAGCAAAUAUGAACUGGAUGUGCUUGACAUGGAAGAUGAGUUUGUAGCUCGAAAAAAGGAAGACGUAGAGCUGAGAAAAUGA